AGUGUUAAGCGCUUAGUCCAAUAUUUCAAUUGACACAGUGCAGACGUGAAUGUGCAGGCGUGUUUGCGGAUGUAAAUACAAAAACUGAACAAUUCUACAGAAACUAACAAAAUAAAAUUGCAAACAAUUAUUUUCCGUGAUAAAAAUUUUAAUACACAAAACGAAAUGUCGCAGAAACGUUCCACAUUAUCAACUGGGCGGACAUCAAGAUCUUCUCCUUCUAUGUUAGCGCAAAAAUCAAAUGAACGGUUAAGUACCACCAGCCCUGUUAGCCCCACUCGUUCCAGUCGUUUACAAGAAAAGGAGGAAUUGCAACAUUUAAAUGACCGUUUAGCUUGCUAUAUUGAUCGGAUGCGAAACUUGGAAAAUGAAAAUAAUCGACUAACGCAAGAAGUACAAUUGGCUCAGGAUACUGUCACCCGCGAAACAACCAAUAUGAAGGUCAUUUACGAAAAAGAAUUAAACGCCGCACGUAAACUAUUGGAUGAAACUUCAAAAGAAAAAGCCAAACUAGAGAUUGACAUUAAGCGUCUAUGGGAGGAAAAUGAUGAUUUGAAACAAAGGAUGGACAAGAAGUGUCAAGAAUGUGCAAUAGCUGAAAACGGUGCUCGCGUGUAUGAAAGUCGGUAUAAUGAUGUGAACAAUAAAUAUAAUCAGGCCCUUAAUGAUCGUAAGAAGGCCGAAGGACAAGCUAACGAUUUCGCAGCAGAAAAUAAUCGACUGACUGCGCCUGAUGUCCGGAAACAACUUGAGGGCGAAACGUUAUCGCGAGUUGACUUGGAAAAUCAAAAUCAGAGUUUGCGUGAAGAAUUGAGUUUUAAAGAUCAAGUGCACGUUCAAGAAUUGUCAGAAACUAGGUCCAGACGACAGGUUGAGAUUAGCGAAAUCGAUGGACGCCUUUCAAAGGAAUAUGAAGCAAGAUUACAACAAUCCCUACAAGAGUUACGUGAUCAAUACGAGGUCCAGAUGAAAACAAAUCGUGAAGAAAUUGUUUUAUUGUAUGAUAACGAAGUAAAAAAUCUCCAGGCGGCUGCAAAUCGUGCUGCGAACAACUUAAGUCAUUCGAGCGAAGAAGUACGCUCAAUGCGUACCAAAGUUGAUGGUCUCAAUUUCAAAAUUCACGAUUUGGAGACAACCAACACUAGUCUAAAUGUUCGCAUACGUGAGUUGGAAGAUUUAUUGGAUAAUGAACGAAAUCGUCAUAACAAUUAUGUUGCUACAUUGGAGAAAGAGUUACAACGCAUGCGUGAUGAGAUGGCGCAUCAACUUCAAGAGUACCAAGAUCUUAUGGAUAUUAAGGUAUCCCUUGAUCUAGAGAUAGCCGCUUACGACAAGUUAUUAGACAGUGAAGAAAGACGCCUUAAUAUUAUCUCGCCUGGAUCAUCCGCCGCUAACAAUUUAUCCAGCAAUGUUGAUUCAGGCUACGCUAAUGGCUCUAAUUUAAAUGUCAGUUCUAUGUCUGGUCCUUACCGCUCUGGACGAGCUAUUCCCAGCGGUCGCCGUUCACUGACACCCGGCGCAAUUGAUAACUCUAUUAAACGUCGGCGCACUGUAAUUGAUGAAAGUGAAGAUCGUAGUUUGGCAGACUUUACAAUUAAUGCAACAUCUAAAUCUGAUUUGCAAAUUAUCGAAGUCGGCAAUAACGGACGUUACAUUCAAUUGCAUAAUAAAGGUACAGAGGAAAUAAACCUUACAGGCUGGCAAAUCACACAUACUGCUGGAAAUGAGGAACUUACUUUCAAGUUUACACGGGGCACGAAAAUUACAGCUGGGCAAACGAUUACAAUUUGGUCUGUUGAUGCCGGUGUAAAUCAUGAGCCCCCAAAGAAUUUGGUUAUGAAAAAGAAAUGGCCUAUAACGGAGUCUUCACGUAUUGUUCUGGCUAAUGCCGAUAAAGAGGAUGUUGCCAGCUAUGAGCGUAAUCGCACAAAUAGUUCGAGCCAUGCGUCCCGACACAGAAACACCGGCAAUGUAUCUGGUAUUAGUUCUGCCGGCAUAAGAAACCUGUUUUCCUUACUCUAUUAAAAAAAAUCAUGCAGCUGAAGUAUAAAAGACCGUUCAAUCUACAAGAGGGCCUUUAAACGGUUUCUAACGUUAAUUAUACAAUAU